CAUUUCUUUAUCUUCCUCUUUUUGCAAUGGUUGCUCACCUCUUUGAUCAACUUUUUGAUGUUGAAGUUCGCUAAAAGAUUGUCUGGAAGCAGAACGAUGGGCUCCGAAUUGCAAGAUCGUUUCCGUGGAUGCAUGCUCGGCGGACUGGCUGGUGAUUGCCUUGGCGCACGAUUCGAGGGUGCCUAUUGGGGCAAAGUGGUCGAUCGUGAUGCGGUCGCCAGGUUGGUCAGCGAGAUGACGAACCCGGAGGCGAAGAGUGCUGCUGGACGCUCCAAGGCCCUAGUUGUACGGAGAUACACGGACGAUACAAGCAUGGCAUUCACGCUGGCACGCUCUCUGCUGGAGAACGAUGGCUACCGAGAGCGGUACUUAGCAAAAAGCUUUGCAAACGACUACAAGCGAGAGCCGGGCCGUGGCUACGGUGGCAGUGUCAUCGUUGUGUUCAUGAAGCUCUUUGAGGACUCGUGUCGAGACUGUUACAAGCCGGCGCACGACCAGUUUGACGGCAGUGGUUCCUAUGGCAACGGAGCGGCGAUGCGCGUUGCCCCCGUGGCUCUGUUCUGUGACGACGAGCAGGAACUGGAGAGGGUUGCCAUGGAGCAGGCCAUGCUAACACACGCGAAUCCAGACGGCGUGUGCGGUGCCGUGUUGCAGGCCACCGCCGUGCACCACUGUCUCCAUGCCGACCGCGGAAAGCCGUUCGACGUCGCCGCCUGCUUGCAGCGUCUCCGAGAUGCGGUGGAGCGCUUUCCCCGGCAGCCGGCGGGGGCAGCUGCGGGAAGUAGGACAGCGUCAACAACGGCUACUGCCAGCCCUAUCACGUGCGGAGGCUCCGACUCAUUGGCAACGUUUCUGACUCAACAUUCUGACUACAGAGCAACUGUCGACAAGUACCUGAAGAAGCUUGAUACGCUGUCCGUGCUAUUGGCCAACCCGCACACGAAUCAACAAGAGGUCAUGGUGGAGCUGGGCAACGGCAUCGCUGCCAGCGAGGCCGUGUUUGCCGCCAUAUUCUCCGCGCUGCGCACCCUACGCAUGCUAAAUGAGCCGGCACAGCCUAGCGCUGAGCAGCCAGCAGACCAGAAACCUGUCCCCGAGGGCGCUGCCGGUAAGGAGGGCAAGCCCAGCGCUGGAGAGUUCAGCGCCAUGACGGAGACAAUCGUCCACGCCAUCUCUCUGGGCGGCGACACCGACACGAUAGCGUGCAUGGCCGGCGGCAUCGUCGGCGCCUACUGCGGCGCCGGCGGCAUCUCUCCGUCGUGGAAGCCCGUGUUGGAGAGCUACGCCACGGCCGUGUCCCUCGCCGACAAGCUGUGCGCCCGCCGUCAUAAACUUCACCCGCAACCAUGAGGCAUGCGGGAGUAGAUACUGUGAAACCGGGGAAUUUUCCCUAUUUCCCUAAAUCAACGGUUCGGUAGCGCGCGAAAAUUUCAGAUCCAAAAAUGCAUUCUGCACUCUGUGUGGCAUAGCUUUUCAUUUUAGGUAGAAAAAGUACCUGCACCGGAAGUUUUCCGAAGAUAAAUCUCAACCGAAAUUUCCCGGUUCUAUAGUAUAGCGCGUCGUCCGCAGCACUGGCACUUCUGAGAGUAGCCUGCAGGCGUGCAGUGCUGCUGCUUCCUGGCUGCCAUCCUCUUCAACGUUCCAGGAUUGCCCAACUCUCAAUGACAGAAGUCGAUACUGCCAGCAAUGCACUGAUUGUGAGCUAGCCUGCGGUAUCGCGAUAAUGACAUAGUGGAUGAUAUUGGAUGAUUCGGCGUACGGUAACCACCAGCGUGGAGUGCACCGUGCAUGAAUUGCGAUAGUUGUACUGGAUUAAUUCUCAACUGUCGGGCAGAACGAAAACAACAGAUUAGUGAACGCAAUGGCUCAGCGAUAACGAUGCGCUACUGUUAGGUAUUAUGACAUCAUCACAGGUGGACGAUGAGUCGUCUCAACCGAAUGACUACAUGCAUGUACCUCUAUUCCUGCGGCUAUUCUUGAAAUCGUUUUAAACAUUGUUUAUUAUUGUAGACUUUCGAACGGCUUAGGGCUGUCUUUUAGCCUUGUAAAUUAGGACACCACUGACUUAGCUUUGGUAUGCGUGUAGUAGAGUUGAGGAUUUUCCACCGCACGUGAUCUUUAUUUUUAUGGCUUCCUGGAUAUGUUUUUUGAACUCGGAUGAUGUGUGUAGUUUUUUUUUAGCUUUUAGCCAACGUGUGGUAUUUCACCGUGAUUGCUGCAAGAAGGAAGUCCCAGGAGCCUUGUGGUGACUAUCUUCUGAGCUGAAGUGUUUUCUACAGCUCGGUCCUGCUUUCAAACUGUUUUAAAUAGCUGGUCGUUUGCCUGCACUUGCUGCUGUCUGUGCCUUGGGUCACGGUGCUAUGGUCCGUUGCUAGGCAUUGCAAUAAUAACUGUGGCGAUUCUUCUUCUCUUCCUAAGUUAGUUUCCGGCUUUAUUUUAUUGUGAAGCCGCUGGUCGGCUUGCUUGUUAAGUACAGGCACUGUUUUUUUUUUUAGAGUUUGCUGUUGAACUCUGAUUGGAAGCUGCGACUUGCUUCUCCAAACUGGCAGGAUCCA